AUGGGCCAGUCUACAAUGGGCGAUCCGAAGGCUAAAGCCCUUUGCGCAAAAUCCACCGUCCCUAUCACAGCUACCAAGAUGGACGUUAAAUAUUCUCAUCUCCUUGUCCGCGAUCAUUUUGACUGGUGCGAAGACGUCGAGAACCACAUCGCUGCGAAGACUAAAUCCCAUGCCGUCCCUAUCACAGCUACUAAACCGGACGAGAGAUAUCAGCACCUUCUUGUUCGAAAGCAGUUCGAUUGGUGGGAGGACGUUGAAAACGACAUCGCGAUGACGAGUAAAGCCCUCGCUAUUGCUACUAUCACCAAACUGGAUGAGAAGUAUAAGCGCCUUCUUGUUCCCGAGCGCUUUGAUUGGGGGGAAGACGUUGAGAAUGACAUUGCUAUGAAAGACAAAGCUCUGGCCAUGGACAAAGAAAUUUUCAACAUGAGCAAUGGAAAUCCCGCUACAAACGGCCUAUUCACAGCCGAAAACUUGGAUGACGACGAGGCAUUCCACUCAACCGGUGGCUUCAAGGCUCCCCUCGGUACGAACACAAACAUAUUCAACAAUGAACUCCUUCCUACACUCAAGGGCACUACCACAGCAGUCAUAUUGGAUAAUGUACGAACUCACCUGUUCUCCUGUAAGAAAUCUGAUUCAAGCGAUGUUAAGGCUACCCUCUCUAUUGGUUAUCGGCCCCAGAGAAAUAACAUUACUCAGUCCUCCCAUGAGGCUGUCGACUCCCCACACCCAAUCAGCUUGCCACAAUCGCUCGAGCUCCCAUGUUCCACCGACCUCUCCAAUAUCAUUACUCAUCCAUGCUCCUUCGCUGCUCCAGGGCCGAUGAUCACACUACCCGAUUUGGUUAAAAUUCCACCUAUCAAUAAGUACACACAGCCCGUCGACCUAUGUCAUGGACUCGAGCUCCCAGACUUCAACGAUCCCAGAGUUGGUCGAGAUCCCACCUCUCACAAACUGCAUACAGCCCGUCGACCGAAUCAGUGGCUCGAGCUCCCAUCUGCCAUCGAGUCCCCCAUGGCCUUUGGUGUUCCGGCCUCAGUUCCCACUGCAGAGUUGACUGAAAUCCCACCCGUCAACAACUACACAUUCACCGUUGACCCAUGCCAGGGGCUGGAGCUUCCAGUUUCCACCGAGAUUGAGCAGCCACCGCAAAUCACACAGUCAGCUGAGCAGUUAGAGCCAUUCGGUCUUGGAGUGUGCGCUAACGAGUACGAAUACCGCUCAAUCGUUGGGGAUGGAGAUAAAACCAUCCACCACUGGAAUUGGUUUGGUCAGCCUGUGUACUCACCAACAGCAACCCCGCCGGCAGUUUCAGUUGCCUUCAUAUACAGGCCAAGCCUAAGAUACCACCGGGAAGUGACGAGCUUCGUGUGA